AUGGCUGACGCUGCCUUUGAGUGGGCGACUGCUAGGAACCUGGUACGCAUCAGCCCAAUUCAUCAGGAAGCAGAGGCUAAAUUAGUCUUGGGGGAGAGUUUCUGCGUGAAAGAUGAACAUGGCACGUCCACCACCGAAAACGCCCGCAUGGACCUUGAAGACACCAGUGGCUCGAUAUUCGACAAUUCGGGUAUCAAUGUCAACUCGAGCGUGGACGACAUCCUGAAGCAUGGUCUAGGCGAUGGCUCGGCGGAUCCCGCAGAAGCAGCCUUGGUCAACUCCGGCUCUUUCAAGAACAUCAAGGCGGUCAAGAACACCUCUGGUGUCAGUGUUGAGGACGAAAAUGACCUGGCGGACGAGCUGCUGGUAGGCUUCGAGGAAGGGGCUGAAUCAGCUGCGCGAGUUGUGCGUCUAGCACGGGUGGCAAACAACCGGCUCAUGAAACAUGGAUUGGCUGAUCCUUUGCUCUCCAGGAUGGCAAGGUGUGCAAAGUCCCGGAGCGAUUCACAUGCAUGUCGAAAUCUGCAUAGAGCAAUCAAGGCUUUCGGAAAGGAGCCUAGCAUGUGCAGCCGCUUGCUCUACACUGUCCUUCCCUCACCUUACACAAAGCGUGCUUUGUUUGACUUGCUGAGAGCAUGGGUCACCGACUUGAACAGCAUGACAGAUGAAUGGUGGGACUUCAAGAAUCGUGUGAAGAACCUCCGGCCAUGUGAUACCAAUCCCAACCCUUACAAGAAUCACCGAAGUCCACUGGAAGGUCUUCGCUUUUUUGCGGGCCCCAAGUUCAUCCGGAUAGAUCCAGCUCAUACUUAUGCAAUCGACGGAGUGGGGAGGAACUUUUGUGCAAGCGGGCUGGUUGUCCUAAUGUUGGCUGGAUGGUUCGGUAAUGGAAGCCCUGAGCGAAAAUUUGAUCAGGCAUACCAUCGGUUCACAGCGUUCUGCAAGACCCAUGGCAAGCGCACUUCCAUCAAAGAGUUUAGCUACAAGUGCUUGAAGCUACCUGUUGGCUCGCUACGCGGCUCGCCCCGUGGCCUGGGCAAAGGUCAAGACGCUGGAGCCGUUGGAGCUUGGCUUCUGAACGAGCUUGAACAAAUCGAUCUGACCUCAAUUGAACAUGAAUGGAGGGACACCUUGGAGGUGCUGCGCUGGGCUUGCGCUGGAAUAAACAGGUUUUGGCGAAGUGUGUAUGGCCACGGGUUGUGGCUGGGACGCGAUGAAGCUUCCGCUCUCAUCGAAGACGGGUGGACCUUUGUAGAGGGUUACGCCACCCUGGCGACCAUGUGCUCGAGACGUGGCAUGCGUAGCUUUUACAUACGCCCAAAAAUGCACAUGUUUGCCCACCUCCUGCUGGACCUCAAAUAUUCACUCCAAGAUGAACAAUGUCACUUCGUGAUCAACCCAGCUUGCCACUGUACAUGGAGCGACGAAGAUUACAUUGGUCGUAUCGCUAGGAUAUCAAGGCGUACGCACCCUUCCUCUGCGCCUGCCAACACGAUCAAAAGAUCGCUGGGCUACUACCGGCGUGAGUUCUCCAAAGAAUUUGGAAAAUUGUAUAUGCGCAGCCCGGCAGCCCGUGACCAUUGA